AUGCCUAAAGGCGAUAGGUGUGUAGAAUGUUCGAUGUAUGAAGAAGAACUGAAGAAGUACAGUGAUGUCAACUCAAUGCCUGAAGAAAUAAAAACAAAAUAUGAAAAUCAUAAGUCUAAAGCUGACUCUGCUUUACAAAGAUACAGAUUAGACGGAACAAACAAAAACUCAAACAGAGUUAAAUAUAUUUCAAUGGAUUUGCAGAAAGUGAUCAUUUUACCAGAAAUGCCUGACAUUAAAGAUGCAUUUUUCAUGAGUCGUUUGGUUACUUUUAAUUUAACAUUUGCUCCAAUUGAAAAAAAGUCCAGCGAUUUUGCCACGUGCGUCCUUUGGCAUGAAGCUCAAUCUGGACGAGACGCAAGUGAUAUUGUAAACGCUAUAUAUGCUUUCUUACAGGCUAAUAGGGAUAUGGAGCACUUGUAUAUAUGGACUGAUAAUUGUACAGCCCAAAAUAAAAAUUGGACCCUUUACACAGCAAUGAUUACGAUAGUCAAUAACUCCUCGAAUGAUCUUAAAUCGGUAACAAUUAGCUAUCUAACAAAAGGUCAUACUCACAUGUCCGCGGAUGCAGUUCACGGCAAUAUAGAAUUGAAAAUGAAGAGACAAAAGAAUAUAUAUGAUUUUCAAGAUUUUAAGGAUACUGUGAUGCAAUCAAGGAAAAAUAUAAAAGUUAUAGAAAUCACUUGUAGAUAUGACUGGCCAAAAAAAAAGAGAGCUGUACGACAUAAUGAUCCCCUUAAAGAUUUUAAUUUAAACUCUGUUGUACAAGUGGAGUUUAUUGCUGGAUCAAGAAACCUUUUUUAUAAAACAAGAUUUGAUGAACCCUCUCGGGAAGUGGACUUUUUAAUUAAAAAGUUUGAUUGCACUGUUCUACCCAAAACUAUUGUCACUCACUAUCAAAGGGGCAUUAAACAGAAUAAAAAAGAAGAAAUUAUCAAUAAAUUGGUAUGUUUGAUGCCUGAAACAAGAAAGUCAUUUUGGCAUAAUUUACCUGUGAAUGACGAGUCUGCGGAUUUGACAAAUGAUGGGCAAAUGUCUGUACUUGAAUAG